CCUAGAAAUCGCAAGAUGCCCCUCUAUGGGCUUCGGGAAUACGUGGUACGCAAGGAGGAUGACUCCAUGGCGGCCAAUUCAGCAUUCAAGCCGCGUUUUGACAUCACCAAAGACGAUAUCUCAUAGCGACCUUCCGAGCUCCAGAUCGGCUCAAUUGGCUCAAAGAUGCGGCUUUUCAUUCUCCUCGGCUCAUAACAGCCCGAGCAAGAGCAAGAAUCUGAACGCGGAAAACUGGCGUGACCGAGAGUUCUUCUAUUCCGUCCUUAGCUCGACGGCCACGAAACGAGACGCAAAAGGGUUCCUCUCACGUUUUAACGACGAUGGCUCUAAGAAGGGCGACAAAUCCAGCACGGGUGACAAUCUGGAGCAAGAACGUCGUGCACGGCUGAAGAAGAGCGGUGUGAACCUCGGCGAGCUAUUCGGCUCAGCGAGAGCUAUUGCAUCCAGCCCUGUCUUCUCCCAACAGACACAGCUACCCGACAGAAUUUCUCCGGCGUCCGAGCCAGGUCCUCUUCAUAUCUCCAUUGUGAAGGUCUUCUGCCCGCAGCUCCUCGACGAUGAGGCUGUCGACGGGAUCGGACGGACAAUCUCGCAGUUAGCGAGGCUAGGGAUGUACAGCGCCGUCGUUGUGGACUGCGAUCAGAUUGCCGGAGGGGAGCUCAGUUUCGCCAAAUGGCGUCAACUGGAACUGGAGCAGGGGUAUCGCAUCGCGAAUGCGAUUCAGAAACAUGAAAGGCCAUCAUUUGUCAUUGACGAGGUCAUGGGGGUGCGCACCUCGCCCACGGAACCGAUCCCGCAGUCCGCACCUGUUCGAGGAGAUAUAUACGUCAAGUAUUCCCGGUUCUUGCUCAAUGCUCUCCGCGAGGGAACCUUGCCAGUCAUCAUCCCCCUAGCCUGGAGCGGAGAUCCGUAUCACGCCCGCCGCGUCGAACCAAACAGCGUGGUCCUUGCGUUGGCGAGACGGUUUGCCGGUAUCGACCAGCCGACCGCCGAGGACGAUUAUCUUCGACAGGGGCGAGAGUCCAGCUCCGUGAUGUCGCUCGAUCGUAUCAUCGUGCUCGACCCACUGGGCGGCAUACCCGCCAUCCGAAAAGAGGAGCAGCCGCAUAUCUUCAUCAAUCUUGCGCAGGAAUACGAGAUUAUUCGCCGCGCUUUACGUGCGGGCUCGGAGAAUUCUGAGGAAAGUCUAUCUAUUGAUGAGGCUAAGAAGCAGCAUGGCACGGUAUUCGGGUUCAGCAAUCCGUUUACUCGGUUUCUCGAGUAUGAUACGGCAAUCCGGGACCCAAGUCCCGGCAUGCGACCUGAAAUUCCGACUCCUUCCAGAGUCCUAUCGCAUCACGCCAAGAACCUCGACCUAGUCCACUCCGCGCUCUCUUUCCUUCCCCCAACGUCGUCAGCGUUGAUCGUCUCUCCAUUAGAAGUAGCCGCCUCCGCGAAACCGUUCAUCGAGAAAUCCGAAAGCGGCGGGGUUCGGACUCGGCGACUGCGUAACCCACUCAUUCACAAUCUACUCACAGAUAAGCCAGUGCUCUCAGCAUCCUUGCCACAUGCCCGGCUGCCGGAUUCGCAUAGCACGUCAUCGACAUCUGCUUUGAAUCCCGUGCCGGCAACAUUCUUGAAGAAAGGAGUGCCGGUUACGAUCAUCCCUGAUCCCUUGGACGAACCAUGGAGGCCUCCAGGCCUCGAAGGCACGACCCUAAGUUUAAAAGACGAUCCUCGCAUCGACCUAGCACGACUUAAAUAUCUCAUCGAGGACAGCUUCAGCCGUCCGCUCGACGCCAAGCACUAUUUGGAUCGCAUCAAAGGGAGAAUAGCAGGAGUCAUCGUUGCUGGAGAAUACGAAGGCGGCGCGAUUCUCACCUGGGAGGAACCGUGUCCUGGAGACAGCAACAUCCCGCCAGUUCCCUACCUUGACAAGUUCGCGGUGUUGAAGCGGAGUCAAGGCGCCGGCGGCGUCGCGGAUAUCCUAUUCAAUGCAAUGGUACGGGACUGCUUCCCUGGCGGCGUGGUGUGGAGGAGUCGUCGGACGAAUCCGGUCAACAAAUGGUACUUCGAGCGCGCCAUGGGAGUUUGGAAGAUCCCCAUUGCAGCAGAGGCGGAGAAUACGGAAUAUCGGGACGAAGGCUGGACGAUGUUCUGGACGGGACAUCUCACCGAGGGGCAGAAAGACAAUGUUGAAGAGGCUGGGUGGAGAAAGCGGUCGCCUCGGGAGCGUUGGCAGGAUUACGUGCAGGUUUGUAAGAAGAUCCAGCCCAGUUGGGCCGAUCGAGAUAAACCGCCAGACUAG